CGAUAGGGAGCCAGGUCACCUCUAAUAAAUAUCUGUUUCAAACCAAAACAAACAAAUAUCUGAGAAAAUGCAUGAUAAGUCCACAGGAGACGUCGGCUACGAGCGCCAGCAAGGUGGCCCCCAAGCCGACAGUCAUCAAGCGCGCAUUACGCAGAUUGAAGAGUUCAUUAACGAAGUCCUGAAACGUGACCUCAGGGAACUGGAGGACUGGAUCGGGCAAUACAACCAGGAGAUCAUGGAGUAUGUCCAGCUAAAGAACACACUGCAGACAUUCGACGCCCACCUGCCUGAGGGAUACAAGACCCAAGUGAACAUUGGCAGCAACGUGUUCAUGCAGGCGCGCGUCACGCAGAUGGACAAGAUCCUGGUGAACGUGGGCAAGGACGUGUUCCUGGAGAUGAGCAGGGCGGAGGCGGAGAGCUUCAGCGAUGUGCGCAUCAAGAUACUCACCAAGGAGGCGGAUGUCCUACGCGAUGAGAGCAUAAAGAAGCGGACGCAGAUCAAGAUGUCUCUGCUGGCGAUAGGCGAGCGGGCGAAGCUGAUGCAGCAGGAGGUGCGUCAGUGAGCAGCGUUUGUCGGGUAGGGUGGGGGAAAUAGUAGUUUUACACCAGCACAAAGCUUACUUCAUUUCGAUUACACUUGGACAGGUAAUUUACAAUAUACGCAAAAUUUAAUGUACACGAUGUUGGCCGAAUGGU